GAGGUGAAACAUAAAACACAUUUUUAUAUAUUUUCACAGCAACUAUACGCUUUGGUGAAAGCUUUGAGCUCUGAAGUUUCCCUAUUGGACAGAGGAGCUCGCUCAGUCGUACGUCCGACCGUUUAUGCAAAUCCGCUCUUCCCCGAAUAUGGACACGGAGGAAUGAAAUAUGGUGGAGGAGGCGAACAUGGAGGACCGAGGACCGUGAGAGCGCUGCGGUAGUGUUUUUUUGGGGGGGUUGUAAGAAGAAACGUGGAUGUACCCUCUGCAGGACUAUUUCUACGGACAACCUCGGUGGAAAGUUUUGUAUUUGCGUCUCCAUUUUUUGCGCCGACAAGUGCGUCGAGGUAGAGUUUGUUGUAAUGCGGUGAAGACCGACUUUUUCGGGGGGAUAAAAAGCAGGGCAGAGGGCUUCAGCCCUCUCACCAUCCCGACGCUAUGCCGUGGGUCAGCGGCGGUAAGCGGAGAGAGAGCUCGGAGCUGCCGCUGCCCGCGGGCUGGGAGGAAGCCCGGGAUUACGAUGGCAGAGUCUUUUAUAUCGACCACAACACCCGGCAAACUUCAUGGAUUGACCCCAGAGAUAGGAUCACCAAACCGCUGACGUUUGCCGACUGUGUUGGAGAUGAACUGCCUCUCGGGUGGGAGGAAGUUUAUGACCAGCAAGUGGGAGUUUACUACAUCGACCACAUCAACAAGACCACCCAGAUUGAGAACCCGCGGACCCAGUGGCGACAGGAGCAGGAGCGCAUGCUGAAGGAGUACCUUGUGGUGGCCCAGGAGGCCCUCAAAGCCAAGAAGGAGAUGUACCUGGUCAAGCAGCAGCGUCUGGAGCUGGCUCAGCAGGAAAUGUUGCUCUUCCACGAGCUCUCUGAGGACAACCGCUCCAUCACCAGCACGCUAUCCGGCUCGUCCUCAAACGCGAAAUACGAUCCUGACCAAAUAAAAGUGGAAAUAGCUUGUAGGCGAGAGCGGCUCUCCAGACUGAAGCAGGAGCUGGCCCAGGUGAAGCAAGAGCUGCAGUAUAAGGAAAUGGGAGUGGAGACCCUGCAAGAGAUUGACAGGAAGAUGUCCUGCAGUCAGACAAACUACAAGCUGGACGAGGCGCAAGCCAUCUUCAACGAGCUGCGUAGCAUCAAGAAGGCCAUCAGCACAGGCGAGAAGGAGAGGCAGGACCUCAUCCAGAGCCUGGCGAAGCUGACACUGAACUUCCAAAGCAGCUUGUCUAUCGGCGACUCGGCCAGCGAGGUGCCGAACAGCAUUGGAACCGUGGGUUACUCGUGCAAUCUGCAGCAGUACUGUGACACUGGCUGUCAGACGGACAUCAUGGGAGAGUAUGGUUCCCAAGAUUCCUCGCAUUUAGUGGACAAAGUGAGAGUCAACUGGCAGUACGAGGAAGCCAAGAAAAAGGUGCAGACUAUACAGCACCAGCUAGCACAGCUGGACAGUGAGAGCUGGUCGGGACGGGCUGAGGCGGACCGCGACCGGGACUUCAUGCAGCUCCUGCGCGAGAAGGAGGCCCUCCUGCAGGAGAUCAUCCUCAUCAGCAAGCAGCAGCACACUCCAGAGACGCUGCUGCAGCUGGAGGAGGAGCGCUCCAGACUGGAGGAGGAGGUGCAGAGGGCCCACAGCUCCCAGAGCCAGGGAGCCAAUCAGAGGAUCCUGCAGCAGGAGAAGAGGAACGUUCUGCUGAGACAGCUGGAGGAGGCAACACGCAUCACCACCUACCUUCACUCCCAGCUGAAGAGCCUGUCGGCUAGCUCUCUGACGGUGUCGUCCAGCAGCAGCCGCGGCUCUCUAGCCUCUAGUCGGGGCUCCCUGGCGUCCAGCCGAGGCUCCCUCAGCUCCAUCAGUUUUAGUGACAUCUACGGUCUCCCCCAGUACGAGCGUCACGAUGGGGCCGGCGAGCCGCUCGACCCCCACCUACGUUACCUGCUGGCUCCAGAGACCUUGUCCAGAGACUGCUCCAUGUUCACUUCCGACCCCCUGACCCAGAGCAAAACCAAACGCUCCCACGACACCCCGCAGUCCCUGGCUUCCCUCUCCUCCCGCUCCUCUCUCUCCUCCCUGUCGCCACCCAGCUCUCCCAUGGACACACCCUACCACUCUGCCCCUCAGGACUGCCCUCUCACCCAGAUGACGGAGGAAUACAUGGAGCAGGCAGGCCGCGGCCUGUUAGAGGGGCUGCGGGCCCAGUCCCAACCCCUGUCACACACUGCCAUGGUGAGCAGCGAAGAUGCGGUCGGCCACACCGCCAUGCAUCAGCUGGACAGCAAGAGUCACAGAGACAGCGGGGUCCAGGGGGCUUUCACUUCCACAGGAGUGACUCUGAGGGGAAACAGUGGCAACAGAAGUGGCAGGAGGGCCAGGAGAGUGUCUGCAGGUGUCUCUGAGGAUGCUCUGGCCACAGACAGCGGUGUGUUCGAGGCCUGGGGCAGAAGGGCAGAGGAGUCUGAUGAGAUGUCAUACAUCAAAGAGCUGAGCUCUGUGAGCGAGCCCACCCAGAUCCAACUGGGACUUCUGUGGGAGUCCAGUUCUCAGUGUCUCCGGCUACAUCUGCUGCAGCUCAAGAAUUUGAACAGGUCCAUUGUGAGGGACGGCUAUAAAGUGUAUGUGAAGGUGCACUUAAUUCCACUGGACGCCAGCAGGGCGUGUGCGUUUUACUGUUGCACGGCGUUGGAGCCGCAGUCCCACAUGAGUUUCAACGAAGGCUUCCGCAUUCCUGUCCCUGCAAACGCCCUGGCGGUGUGUGCUCUGCAGCUGUCCGUCUGUUCGCUGGGACCUCAGGCUCAAGAGGAACUACUGGGUACAGCCCAGGUGAGCCUGGCAGACUGUGAGGGAAGUGCAGAGAUGGUUUACCACUGGCUGCGAGUGCAGUUGUUGAGCGGGACAGAGUUGCCCAGGCCUGAACAGAAGAGCCUUGGCCACCGCAGACACCAUGACAGCCAGGAAGACGAGCAAAGGCCCAGAGCCAUGGACACUGUAUGCACUCUGCUGUCACGCACCACCACCACCCAUCUGGAGGAACGGGAGGCAGAGCUGGAGCUGCAGAGGCUGGAGAAGAAGGAUGAGCCGGGGGAGGCGGCAUCUGAGAGGAGCUGGCAGGCAGAGUCAGUGGACAGUGGUUGCAGCAACAGCAACAGCACAGCAUUCACAGCUCCCUACUCAGAGGGCCUGUGUGCAGAGGGCAUCUGCAUCACCACUGGAGGGCGCUGUGACCAGACAAGCAGCAAACUCUCCACAGUGAAGGUGGAGAAGGCCACCAUGACAGAAGGCCUGUUCCCAGAGCCGGUGCGAGUUCGGCCCAAAGAGAGGGGGGGGCGCUGGGGUCACGCCUCGCCGUUCAUGCGCGGCAGCACCAUCGUUCGCUCUCAGACCUUCUCUCCUGGUGCUCGCAGUCAGUAUGUCUGCAGGUUAUAUCGCAGCGACAGUGACAGCUCAACUCUACCAAAGAAAUCUCCCUUUGUCAGGAACACGUUGGAAAGAAGAACACUGAGAUAUAAGCAGCAGUCGUACCGCUCCUCCCUGGCCGAGCAGCCGACACGCACCUCCCUGGACCUGGAGCUGGACCUCCAGGCCUGCAGGACGCGUCAGAGGCAGCUGAUGGAGGAGCUGAACGCUCUAAGGGAGCUGAAGCUGCGACUGGAGGAACCGCAUGCCAGGGAGGACACCGAGCUCCCACACUGGGCCCUGAGGGACGAGCGCUUCCGCUGCCUCCUCAGAGAGGCCCAGAGACAGGUGAGACUGGAAGUUGCUUUUCAUAAGCCAUGUGAGACUGAGCCUCGCCCGGCAGCAGGUGACUUUGUUAUUGUCCUGCUACAGGCCAGCCAAAGCAAGCAGGAGCAGAGGCAGGAGGAGGCGGCAGAGAGGAGGCUGAGGAAGGCUUCCAAAGAGGUUCUGCAGAUGAGGGGGCAGAGCCAUAAGGAGCCGCUACCUGUACAGACAUUCAGAGAGAAGAUGGCUUUUUUCACUAGACCAAGGUUCAACAUACCUCCUUUGCCGGCUGACGACGUAUGAAAGCUUGCCUCUGUAUUAUGUGACUAAACAUGAAGUAUUUGUCAAAUUUUCUGAGCUCAUGAAGUACAAAGUUCUUUCUACCACGGACGCGGACAGGGUGACACGAAGAGGAUGUUGAAGAUUAGAAGGUUUCACAUUUUCAGAAGUGUUUGCUUUUAUAAACAUGAACUCACUUGACACAGUUAUCGACUACAGCACAGCUGUUCGUUUCCUUUCUGGAGAGGAUGCCUCUCAUAUGGAAACAGUAUCUCUUUACUCCUGUAUGAGUUACUUCUGUUGUUUGUGCUUACAAAAGGCUGGAAGAUGGGAUCAAAAGUCGGCUUGGACAAAUUCACUGUACUGUAACUUAUUUUAUAGUACUUUUCCUUGAAGGAAAUUAAUAAAAACGCUUCCUGCUUUUUAAGUGUAUUUUGUAGCUUUGAACAAAUAGCACUUCAAUGUUUUUACAUGCAGUUAAAUGGAACUGUUGUCUGAUUUUAUUUUCUGUUACCUAAUUCUUAAGAGUUAUUUACAUAAAAUGUAACUUUGUAAUCCACCUUUACUACAAAUGUCAUUGUCCUUUUGUUAUGUUAUUAAAAUUAAUAUUUCAUGUACUUUCAAUAUAUGGAUGAAUAUAUGAAACACUGUAUUCAGAUUUUUUUUAUGAUGUCUGUAUGAACAUCUGCAGUGUUACCUCUUGUGAAGAUAAAACCAUUAAACCACGUCUUGACACUCUG